AUGGCCGCAGGGCCAUCCUCGUCCGACUGUUCUCACACCCCCGCUACCUUUCCCAGUAUCGAAACCGCGUCCAAUCUGGCUGGCUGUCGAACCUCAUGGAGACACAAAGAUUCAUCCGAAAAUACCCCCAGCAGUGUUGACAACGAUGACGCCGCCUACAUAGUCCCCGCCAUUCCCGCGUCCAGUCUGCUACGGGGAUCUAUACCAGUUCUCGCAGAAGAAGGUUCAUACGCUCAUAUCAACAACAGUGCUGGGCCACCACCCAUUUCCGUUACGCAGAGAUCCACCUCUCCGGCUUCAACCGCCUCCGGCGUCGCUGAUCCAUCAGGUCUUCGAGAAGUGAUGCCAUGGGUUCAAGACGACGGGAUACACACCGCCGGAGUGGAAUGCGAGGAUACUGAUCAUUCAGCAUCCAUAAUCUCGCCUCCUCUCCGAGUUCUUGUCUACCGCCGACAACAGAAGCUAAAAGAGCAAGAAAAGCAAGGGCCGACUCGCCAGACAGCAUCCGGACCAAUCCUAGCACCCCUGCAACCGCAAUACACCCCUCCAAGGCGCCGUCCCACGCCACCGGGUGUGCCAUCUUUUGAGUCCGCCAACCGAACGUUGGAGUCACGACUGGCUUUGCGGCGCUACGAUACUGGCCAGCCGAUGCACAAUACUAGCAAUACUAGUACCGUACGGACAAGCAGCAACGGUCUCAGUAACGGCCCUUUUUCGAACCUCUCCCUUUAG